AUGGAGAACCUUGAGGACAUGUACUCUGUUGUUAUCUCCAAUUAUAUCGCAGUACUUCUCACUGCUCAUUCCGACGAGAAAAAUAACCUCAAAAAACAACUCGAAACAGAACUCACUACGUUCAUCGAAAAAUACAAAGUUCAGCUGGAUGGUUUAAAGCCUCGAUUUGAUUAUUAUGCAAAACCAAAAAUUGAGGGCGGAAUGGUUGAUUCCCAAGGAAUGGUAGAGGAAUUUCUUCUGUUGUUUCAGGAUUAUACGCCAAAAAUAUAA